AGAGCGCUUUACGACAGUUGCUUUGCGGCAAUACCGGAGCCUCGAGGAACAUGGCGGCCACCCUAGUAGCAGCUUGGGGAACCAGGCCGGCACCAGCUUGGGGGCCUGAGGCUAUUGCCCCCGACUGGGAGAACCGGGAAGUUUCCACAGGGACCACUAUCAUGGCCGUACAAUUUGAUGGGGGCGUGGUUCUAGGAGCCGACUCCAGAACAACCACUGGGUCGUACAUUGCCAAUCGAGUGACUGACAAGCUGACCCCUAUUCACGACCGUAUUUUCUGCUGCCGCUCAGGCUCAGCAGCUGAUACCCAAGCAGUAGCUGAUGCAGUCACUUAUCAGCUUGGUUUCCACAGCAUUGAGCUGAAUGAGCCUCCGCUGGUGCACACAGCGGCCAGUCUCUUUAAGGAGAUGUGUUACCGAUACCGAGAAGACCUGAUGGCAGGAAUCAUCAUUGCCGGCUGGGACCCCCAAGAAGGGGGACAGGUGUACUCGGUGCCCAUGGGGGGUAUGAUGGUACGACAGCCCUUUGCCAUCGGGGGCUCUGGGAGUUCCUAUAUCUAUGGCUAUGUGGAUGCUACCUACCGGGAAGGCAUGACCAAGGAAGAAUGCCUGCAGUUCACUGCCAAUGCUCUCGCUUUGGCAAUGGAGCGGGAUGGCUCUAGUGGAGGGGUGAUCCGCCUGGCAGCCAUUGCAGAACCAGGGGUAGAGCGGCAGGUACUUCUGGGAGACCAGAUUCCCAAAUUCACCAUUGCCACUUUACCACCUCUCUGAAUCCUGAGAUCCUAAGAUAUAAUGAGACACCCCAUACAUACCCCAUUCAAAAUCCAAUAAACAGUUCAUCAGUGUGAA